UUGGGUAAGUGGUCAAUGUGAUCUACCUGGCCCAACGUCAGUCGUGUAUCAACCUAUUUCUGGACUGGUCACUCUAAACAGCUGUUCUCUCAUCCACAACUCUCCAACCCAGUAAAUUAUGACCUAGUUCAAAUUUUCACAGGGUGAAUAUCUUUAAUGUUUUAAGUGAGAAACAAACUUCUUACUAAGAAGAGGUGUGACACUGGACAGACUAUAAAAGGUGAAGUGAAUCUGUCUCUCAGAUGGCUGAAGUGGCUGUAGUGACAAUGAUCUUAGCUGCUCUCAUUCCUCUGUACCAAGCAGUGACAAUGGUACAGGAAGUGGGUCUAGGAGACAUGGCUGUACUGAACUGUCCCAGCAAUGACGAGUCACAUCGCUUCCAGUUCUGGCAGCUCCAGACCCAAAACUUGAUGAUUGGACCAACCAACAAGUUCAACCGAGACAAGUAUAAGUAUGAAGUUCUCACUGGAACACUAUAUAUCAGGGGCGUAUCAUCCAAUGAACAAGGAGUCUACACGUGCAUAUGCAAACAUAUUUCUAACAAUUCAUUUUAUGCAGAAAACGUCGAACUGGUUGUGAAAAGGGACUGGGAAGAAGUUUAUGAAACUGAUCAUUUUACGAAUGUGUUCCGAGUAGUUUUGAUGGUGACCAUAUUGUUGGUCCUCAUAGCUCUAUUGUUAGUAUUAUACAACAUGAGAACAGACCGACAAGCAAGGUUUCGAGGUACUUUGUUGCUCUUGCUGACGAAGAAUCUCCUGACGAGGCUGGCACUGUCAAUGGUCGACAAAUGUCUGACUUGGACAGCCACGGGCUGGAUACAGAACUUCCACGACCAACCACAUUCACAGAUGUCCGUCUGGGGGACGCAACCAUCUAAUCCUAACCUCACCUUCCAGAGGCAAAAAGGCGUGAAACACUCAUACAAUUUCCAAAAUUGAUUGCUAUUCUACUUGGGAAAAGACAUAAAAGUCUCUAUUUAAUUUUCUUGUAAUCUUAAAACUCGUACAAACCCUUAAUUACUCAUUUAAUUAUGUCUUCAGUAAACAUCAGUCUAGAUUCAAUAAACCUUCAUUCAGAAAAAAACAACCCUACAUUUGCUGAUGUCAUAUUUUGGAAACAUCAAUUCAAUCCCAACCUAUAUUUUAGAAACAUAAAGCAUAUACAUAUCCUUAAUUUACUUGUGUCCAAUUUAGGAAAAACCAUCUAGUCAAAAUACCACCUUCUAGCAUCUCUGCUGAAGCCUAACUUUUAGGACAACAAUCACCUAUUUCCAAUCCCUUGUAAUAAGACAAAGUUACAACCACAGAUAUUCAUAGAAGUUAGUCUCAGGGAACGCAAACAGUUUCGACAAUACCUUGUAUCAUCAGCGGUAAUAUACAAUUGGUUUUCAUAUUCAAUCUUCCAAUCUCCUACAUUGCCUUAAAACUCCGACAAACUAUUUUAUGUUUUCAACACAAUUAGAAUUGUUGUAUUAAAAAUUCAUCAUUUAGCCCCUGAACUGUUAAAUUAGACCAUUAUGAGGUACGUACCUUUACGUCCACAGUUCAACAAAGCAAUGGUCAAACUCACUACAUGUUUCGUCUAUUAAAGUUCUGUCAAGUGAUCUUUCAAGAAUGUUUCCUCAAUUAGCAGACUUGUCAAGAACAUUCAAAUAAUUACACAUAUAGGAUGACACACGAAAACCGCUACCGGUUAAUAGAAGGCAACUUAAAUGUUUUUUUCAUGCGUUGUGUCGUUCUAUAUGUGUAUUUAUUUGAACUAGAGGUCGUCCAGUGGUUGAAAACUCGACCAAAAAUAUGUAAAGACUUCUCUUUUUUCCCCCCACGCUGUAAAUAAAACAUGCGAUUGGAAUUUCUUUCAUUUGUUUUGAUUUUCUGUUUAUUUUUCUUUGUUAUUUCGUCACCAGCGGCAUCCCAUAAGGCCAAUGUAAAUUUUUUUCAAAUUAAUUUUUUUGCUUAUUUUUAGCCUAUUUAAUUUAUAAGGGAUACUGCACAUCUACAGGAAAAGAUCUUUCUAACAGUAUGCGUAGAUUUUCCCUGCGAUGCACACAAGCUGAGAAAAAAGGUUUUAAAGAAACUUGCUUGCCUAUUAAUACGUACAUAGAUGUUCUUGAUGAGUCUACUAAUGGAUGAAACAUUCUUGAAAGACCACUUGACAAUGCCUUAAUAGGCAAAACAUGUAGUGAGUUUGGCCAUUGCUUUGUUGUGGACGUGGACGUGAAGGUUUGUAUCUUAUAAUAGUGGAAUGAUUGUAUGUCUUUUUGUAAUGAAACAGUGCUAACCCUAGUCUUGGAAUUUUAUAACAUUAUUGGCGUUAGUAAACAUUUUAAAAAGUGAAUGACAGUAAAUAGCUCAAAACAUAUUUCCUCAACCAAACAUACCAGCAACAACAUUACACAUUGACCACCUUAACAGAUUCUUUAUCUUGGGGAAACAAAAAUUCUGCAUCAACCCUAUCUUUCAAAAUUUGAGUUUGAAGUUAAAUAUUACAUUCCAAAUAGCAACAACUUCUGACACAGUUUUUUUAACGGUCAUUGGUACAUUUAAAUGAAAAGGUCGAUUACUAUAUAGUUGCUAUGUACCUUUUUUAGCUUGUAUCCGUAAAAAGUUUCCUUAAGUUAACCAAUGAAAACGUAAAUGUUGUAUAGUUUUGUUUAGAAUAACUAAUUGGAUGUCUUUUGAUUUUAACAAUUAAAGUUGACUCAACUUUAAGAUUGAGUUUAUCUUAAGGUUGUUGUCUAAAAAUUGUUGGGGUACAAUAGAUUUUAAAAUAUUCUUUGCCAAAGGGUAGUUCUGCUGUGUAUUAGAGGAAACUUGAUAGGGCACUUUUUGUAUCUUUAGCCACAACAAAUAAAUGUUUAUUUUUAUGUAUCAA